ACUCUAAUUAAAAGCCUCCUGACACAGGUGUGAUCCUCCGCCACGCCAGAGGCCUCUCCCAGCUCGCUUUUACAUGGCGCCACGAUAAAGAAUUAAAUCAACCAGGUGGUAGCUUAUUUUUAUCAAACGGUACUCGUUAAAAUGAAGGUACCGGAGGAGGAAUCCAUGAGUGACAUUUUGAAGCGGCUGACGGGCGAGUCUGCGCUCCCUGUCUACUGCAACAUCGAGAAGCUCAAACGAGGACGGGACAAUUUGUACUUCGUGGCCGAGGAGUUCAGCGAAACUGUGAAAAAACGAGAGUUGGUCAACGCCAAGGAACGAAUGAGAAUCAGGAACUUGAAUACCAUGUUCUCCCGCUUGAAAAGGAUGGUACCACUGAUGCGACCAGACCGAAAGCCCAGCAAAGUGGACACACUCAAAGCUGCCACAGAAUACAUUCGACUGCUGCUUGCAGUUUUGCAGGAAACUGACAGUGAUGAUGGCAGUGGGACUGAUUUCUUAAAGAAUGCAAUCACCUACAGUCAGACUGAAGGCCUUGGUAGUGACCUUUGGCGAGUGGAUGAUUGGAACAGAGAAGAGACAUUAAUGGAGUUGCUGAGCAUGUCAGAGGAACAAAUUGAUGAUGGAUUUACUUUACCCCCUGAACCGGUGACAGACAAUGGAGAGAUGACCAGACUGAUGUUGCAGCACUGUGUGAUGCCAACGUACCAGUUCAUCAUCCAAGUAGCUCCUGAUCAGCCAGCGACGUCUCAACCCUGCUAAGCAGUGUUUACAGCAGCUGAUGUGGACUGAUAUUGGACACCUGCCAGGGAUGUUGCUUUGAAGAAAAGGAUUGUUUUGAAGAAAGCAGACUUUCAUUUGUGGUAUUUUAACCUUUUGGGGUUUUGUUUUUGUUGAAGAAAAUGUUUUGAUUCUCAUUUCACAGAUUGUAUCCUUGGCAGCCUUAAAAUGUAAAAGGAACUUUGUUUUUGUAAUUUCACUUAUGAAAUGAAUUGUUUUCUGUGUAGGCCUAUUAGAAGCCUGGUAUAUACAACACUUGUUGUAAGACUGAUGUAAAUGUUAAACUCA